AGGUACUAAGUAGCAUUCAUUGGAUGGUAGUAUAAGGUAGCCGGUUUGAUUACAUUAUGACUUACCCAAGCAACUUUGUCAUCCAGGAUUGAAAUUGUUAUCUACUACCUAACUCGGAAGGCAAGGACGGCACCAUAACUCCUUGACUCAUUCUGUUAGUUGAGUGCGACAUUAGUUACACGCCUACAUCAGUUAUAUAUAUAAACCUAGGUGCGGUUGGACCUGUUCAGUCUUAUUGAUGAUAUAGUCCUAUAGUCAUAUAUUAGAAUCACUAAGAUAAUUGAAAUGGCGACCUCGCAAACGACACUAGCUGCGCUUGGCGCGGACAACCUCUUUAACGUCAAGGGAUUGGUUGCUGUCGUCACAGGUGGUGGUACAGGAAUUGGGCUCAUGAUAGCCAGAGCACUUGCGGCUAAUGGCGCCUCUAAAGUGUACAUCCUAGGCAGACGACUGGAAGUCUUGCAGAAAGCCGCAGCUGAAGUUGGUCCCAAUGUGAUCCCCAUAAAAGCAGAUGUGACAUCCAAGGAGUCCCUGCAAUCAGCAGUCGACCAAGUCAAGCAGGACGCCGGCUUCGUCAACCUGUUAGUCUGCAACUCAGGCAUUGGCGGGCCGUACGGCAUUCGACCCAAAAAGGAGACCACGCUCGACGAGUUCGUCGAGGCCAACCUGUCUGUGCCUAUCGAGGAUUACACCAGCACUUUCAACGUCAACACGAGCGCUGUGUGGUACACGACCAUGUUGUUCCUGAAACUACUCGAUGCCGGCAACAAGCAAGGCAACGUAGAGCAGAUGAGCCAUGUAAUUGUUACCAGCAGUAUCGCCGGUCUCAACAAGCUAAAUACCGGCGGCUUUGCGUAUGGCCAGAGCAAGGCUGCUUGCCUACAUCUUGCCAAGCACCUAAGUGUGGUGCUGCCGCAGUGGAAUAUUAGAGCUAAUGCCAUAUGUCCCGGUCUCUACCCAAGUGAGAUGUCCGCUCCACUUCUCGCGAGAGGAGCAGGUCUUGGGAAGGAUCAGAUACCGCUGGAGCGCGUUGGAGACGAGAAGGAUCUAGGAGGCACUAUCCUCUACUUGGCCUCUAGAGCAGGUGCCUAUAAUAAUGGCACCGUCAUCGUGACUGACGGAGGAAGAUUGACGACGUUCCCUUCGACGUUUUAGUUGUGCUAGAACAUGGCGGCUAUGAUGCGGCUGAGCAUGGUGGCGAAAUAUUCGACCAAUAGCCUACCUAAGCAUUCGCUUCGAGAUACAGAUAUAGUUCCGAACCAUCUAAAGUAGGAACAAUGUCCUUUCGGGUAACGUUGAAUUAAAUCUUAGAUGUCGGCACCUCAGCGGGCAUGGUAGUGAAAUUAGUCCGGUGGCCCGAGCCGAAGACCGUAGUCACAUGAAGCAAUACCCGAGGUCAGUCGUCUACUAAGAUUAGCUAGGUGCCCAAUUGCGGGUUUGAGUGGAUUAUGCAACCAUAGGCCGUUCAUUAGACCCAUGACUUCUAUAAAAUAGGCUGUUAUUGUUGUCGAUACUCCAUCCAGACUUCAUAA